AUGCUCACGACCAGCUUCUACGCCUGCGCUCUACUGGCCGGCCAGUACGCAGCAGCAGUCUACAUUCCUUCCAGUGCGCUGGCGCCAGAGACCAUCCCCGUCACGCAGACAGUUGCCUCGAUAACACGCACUGCAAUCUUGUCUACUCACGAUAUCAAUGACCUCCCAACACCAACACCUACCUUCCAAACUCUGAUCAAGAAACGUUCUUGCAACAAAGGAGGCUUGCUCAUCGCGUGUCCGGAAGACGCUCCUGUGCUACCACAUUACACCUUGAACCCGAAGCCGGACCCAAAGGGCAAGGAUGGUUUGCUGGCUUUCGGCCGAAUUGGUCAGGACCUUUUCAAGAAUUUGACGUAUAAGCCACCGGUGUUUGAGGGGACUAAGACUAUGGGCCCGGCUGCUAAGCGGACACUUGCGGCUGCUUGA